CCCUUUAAGGAGGGCGGGGCAACGCAGCUGAACGUGCGACGUCGUCGCCGUGGGCGUGGCCAGGAAGCAGGAAGAAGCUGCUGCUCGAGAGCCCCCCCUCCCCGGAGCCCGUUUCACGUGUGAACUUAAGCGGCCAGUACCCGGAUGGAACCAAAAAAGGACACCUUUGAAUGUCAGCUGUGUGGAUUAACAGCCCCCUACAGCUACUAUGGGCAUAAGCCUCCCAACGCCUACUCAGUCACCCUGCUGGAGGACUGCUAUGUGAUGAUGAAUGACCCGUUCACCCCAGACAAGGACACAUUCCUUAUCCUUGGAGCGCAGUGUAGUCUGUGUCACAAACGGGUGUGUGCUGGCCCAGGCCCAGCAGAGCAGGAGCCGAGCUGGCCUCUGCUUGUGGGCACGGAGGACAGCUUCAUUGGCGUCCCAAAACAGACUUCUGAUCAUUGUUUCUGUGCAAACCACUGGAGGGAAGGUCCAGAUGCUCCGAGGAUGUGCCUCUUCAUGCCGAGUCCUGCUUCUGUGUCGCUUGCCGAGAAGAGCUGCCAGGAGUUGCUCGAGUACAAACAGAUUGCAUCAGAUGUGAUUGGAAACAGCCAGAAACUAUGGCCUGCUGUGAGGCCUGACUGCAGCCUUUUCUAUUCCAAAAGGUUUUGCCUCCCCUGCGUGAGCGCUCACAUAAGUGAAUUUCCUUUGGAAAUAGAAGAAGAUUUGAAAAAGAAAGCACACUCGAAAUCUUCCAAAAAAGGAGAUUCCAAGAAUCCGGGGAAAAGCUAGGCUGGUUUUACUGCAGAAUGUACUUUUGGUAAUUAGAAUAAGAAUGGUGUCUCUAGCAGGAGAUGGUAUUGUUUUGAAUUUGUUGCAAAAUUUAAGCCGCUGUCUUGUAAGCCAUCUGGCAGACAACCAUUGCUAACCAGGAGAGCGGGCUUUGAAAAGGUCUGAAAUAAACAAGUGGAACCUGAUAUCCCUCUUUAGAAGCACUGAGACACAGGAGAUAAAGAGUUCCACUUUUGGUUUAUAUUUCUCUUUUAAAUAUACACCAGGUUCCACAGCUCUACUACCUUCUGUGAGGGUCUGUUUCCAACUUCCAUUCUGCCUUUGCGUCUGGAUUUGAUCCAUAUUGGCAGGAUAUGGUCAAAGAAAAAAUAAAGAUGGCGGCUACAGCAGUGUAGUUAAAGUUCAGUGCCGAUAGAUAGAGGGAUCAUCUUCUGAUGCUUCCUUGUUACCUUAUUAUCAAGCUCACUCUGGGGCGUCUGAAAUAAAAAAAGUAAACUCA